UGAAACGAAUCUGAAAGUUGCAUUGCACUUCCAGUCUGGAAACACACCACCUGUGCUGAGGUGCUUCUGCACAAACACAUGAGUUAAAAUCACAGCUUGAGUGUGUGUCACGGAUGGCCGGACACAUUAGGGCAGGAAUACAUGGGGCGAUGCAUCCCGUAUGGAAACCACAGACACACCCACAAUACAUGGUGAGGAAGAAACAUUAGUGGAUGGUUUUGUGGCUGAUGCUGGAACAGGUUGUUUGAUGCAGCAGUCUCAACGGUGAGACAGCAGCACUGCCAGUGGGCGGGAGAGAGACAGAGACAGACAGAGAGAGAGAGAGAGAGAGAGAGAGGAGACGGUUGAGGCGAGAGGGGAGGGACGGGGUGAGUGAGAACAUAAGACAGAAAGGCAACGGACGAUCACAAAGAGAGUAGAAAAGGAGAACAAGAGUAGCGAGGGACCAGAGGAGAAGAGAGAGAGACAGAGCAGGACAAUCCAAAGCUCAAAAUGCCUCCCAACUUCGCCGGCACCUGGAAAAUGAAGAGCAGUGAGAAUUUCGAUGAACUUCUGAAAGCUCUCGGUGUGAAUGCUAUGCUCCGGAAAGUGGCCGGCGCUGCUGCUGCCAAACCACACGUGGAGAUCCGACAGGAUGGAGAGCAGUUCUACAUCAAGACCUCCACCUCGGUACGCACCACUGAAAUCAACUUUCGCAUCGGAGAGGAGUUUGAUGAGGAGACGGUGGACGGCAGGAAAUGUAAGAGUUUGGCCACGUGGGAGACAGAGAAUAAAAUCUACUGCAAACAGACGCUGCUGGAUCAAGACGGACCCGUUACAUUCUGGAGUAGAGAGCUGCGUGGAGACGAACUGAUCCUGAUCUUUGGGGCCAACGAUGUGGUUUGCACGAGGAUUUACAUGCGAGAAUGAGGUGAAGUGGAGACAGCGACCAUAAAAAACGCAACCAAACAGCCCUGCAUCCCAAGAAACCUUCUGUCUAGAAAAACCAGAACCCUUCAUUGCAUGUCAGGCCGUGAACAUGCAUCCGUGCAGUGCAUUGUGGGAUUUCAUUUCCUGUCAUUCUUUUUGUUUCUCUCUCUUUGCCCGUUUCUGACACAGAUGUGUGUAUUGCAAACAUAAAACAGUAAUAAAAAUGUAAUCCAACAUCAA